AUGGCUCCCAACCCCAGCGGCCGCCUGGGCCUGCCCCUGCUGCUGCUGCUGCUGCUGCUCACCUGCUGCCUCGCCGCCGGCCCGGUGGAGCUGCUGGAAUGGCUGUGGUCCACUAACACGGAUCAGCCCAUCACCUCCCCCGUCUCCGCGGCCCCAGGCGGCCCACCUGUGCAGCCCACAGAGGAGACCACCACCCAGGUAGCCCCUCAGGAUGGCCCCACCGAGCAGGGGACAGCGCCCGCCAGCCCCGAGCUGCCCCUGGAGAGUCUGGAGGCCGGCCAGGGAGAGGCCUCCACUGCCCGUCCCCCCUCCCUGGCAAGCCCGGACACGAAGGGGGAGAAUAUUACUGGCGUCGGAGCCAUGAUCCUGAACGUGGCUAUGGGUAUCCGGAGCUUCAUCCAGCUGUGGGGUAAUAUCACCUCCGCCGAGAACGCUACCGGAAUGGAGAUGCCAACGCUUGCGACCCCGACGGGCCCCCUCACCUUCCCAGGGCCCUCCAGUGCCCCCCAGGAGAAUGGGACCACUCCCUGGCCGACCAGUGGGGCCCUGAGCUCUCCGGACACGAAGAGGACUGAGGCUGGCAGCCUGCCAGUGCCCACCCAGCCACUGCCCUCCCCGGACAGGCCCCGGGCACUGCUCAGGGAGCCCUCGGUGCCACAGAAGUCCCCAGGUAGAGCUGUCUCCUCCAUGCGGGGCGGGGCCCCUCCCUGGGGAAGCCAGCAGUCCCCAGCUUGGCCCCCGGAUCUGGAUGGCAAAGGACUCUUGCCCGGCAUCCUCGAGCGCACGCCGCUUCUGCUUCCCCUGGUGAUGGGCUCCCUGGGCGCGCACGCUGCCCCCUCGGCUGCCUCCUCUGACUCCCUCCCCGCCAAUCUGUCUCAGACCUCACUCUCAGCUUCAGCUGGGGACCGUGGUGCUUGGGUUCCUCACGGGGCUAAUUCUGUGGGGCCUGGUCUUGCUGAUAACGUCGCACUGCUCAGGUCCCCCCGGCCGAGCCCCACGGUGCAGCCUGUCCGCCACGUCGCCGGCCGCUGCCUGCCCCUGCCGCCCUCCCUGCCCGUCUGCGGCAGCCUGGGCAUCGGGCGCUCCUGGCUGCCCAACCACCUCCACCACUCGAGUGGAGAGGAGGUCCUGGCGGCUGCCCGGGCCUGGGGCGGGCUUCUCCGGACCCACUGCCACCGCUUCCUCGCCUGGUUCUUCUGCCUGCUGCUGGCCCCACCCUGCGGCGCUGGCCCCUCGCCCUCCCCGCCACCCUGCCGCCAGUUCUGCGAGGCCCUGGAGGACGCGUGCUGGAGCCACUUGGACGGGGGCAGGCUGCCAGUCGCCUGCGCCUCGCUCCCGGCCUGGGAGGACGGGCACUGUGUGUCCAUUGGGCCGGCUGCAGAGAGAGUGGUCACAGAGGUGGGGCUCCUCCAGCUGCUCGGGGAUCCCCCGCCCCAGCAGGUCACCCGGAUUGAUGACCCCGACGUGGGACCAGCCUACGUCUUCGGUCCAGACGCCAACAGCGGCCAGGUGGCCCGGUACCACUUCCCCAGCCCGUUCUUCCGUGACUUCUCGCUGUUCUUCCACGUGCAGCCGGCCACCGAGGCCCCGGGGGUGCUGUUCGCCAUCACGGAUGCAGCCCAGGCAGUGGUCUCCGUGGGCGUGAAGCUGUCGGGCGUGAGUGACGGCCAACAGCACAUCCAGCUUCUGUACACCGAGCCGGGCGCGGCCCGGACACGCACGGCUGCCAGCUUUGCCCUGCCCGCCUUCACCGGCCAGUGGACGCGCUUUGCCCUCAGUGUGGACGGUGACUCCGUGACGCUCUUUGUGGACUGCGAGAAGAUCCAGGGGGUGUCCUUGGCGCGGUCCCCACGCGGCCUGGAGCUGGAGCCCGGCUCCGGCUUCUUCGUGGCUCAGGCCGGAGAAGCGGACCCCGACAAGUUCCAGGGGAUGAUCGCGGAGCUGAGGGUGCGCAGUGACCCCCAGGUGAGCCCCAUGCACUGCCUGGAGGACGAUGACGACGAUGAUGAUGACGGGGCGUCAGGGGACUUCGGAAGUGGGCUGGCGGAGAACCCGGAGCUUCUCAAGAAGGAAGAGGGAGCACCCCUAAAACCCAGCCCCCCCGAGGCUCCCCCGGUCACUUCUCCUCCCUUGGCUGGAGGCAGCCACUCAGAAGAUUCCAGAACAGAAGAAAUCGAGGAACAAACCACUGUGUCUAUAUUGGGAGCUCAGACCCUUCCUGGCUCAAGUACAGUCAUCACCUGGGACAGAAGCGAUGUCCUGGAAGAGGGUCUCGCAGGCUCAGUGGUGCAGAGCCCCCAUGCACGGGCUGUCCCUGGGCCGCAGGGGCCCCCUGGACCCGCGGGGCCACCAGGGAAGGAUGGCGCCCCUGGAAGGGACGGUGAGCCAGGCGACCCUGGGGAGGACGGAAGACCCGGUGACAUAGGCCCGCAGGGCUUCCCGGGAACCCCAGGAGACGUGGGCCCCAAGGGUGAGAAGGGGGAUCCUGGGGUUGGGCCAAGAGGACCCCCAGGACCCCAAGGACCUCCGGGGCCACCAGGACCCUCCUUCCGACACGACAAGCUGACCUUCAUUGACAUGGAGGGGUCCGGGUUCAGCGGUGACCUGGAGAGCCUUCGGGGCCCGAGAGGUUUCCCUGGCCCCCCUGGGCCCCCCGGCGUCCCAGGCCUUCCCGGAGAGCCAGGCCGAUUCGGGGUGAACAGCUCCGUCAUCCCAGGACCCGCAGGCCUUCCUGGUGUGCCUGGGCGGGAUGGACACCCUGGGAUCCCCGGCCCCCCAGGACCUCCGGGAGCCCCAGGAAAAGACGGGCGCCCAGGAGAGGCCGGCCAGAAAGGCAGCCUCGGCAAAGUGGGCACCCCAGGACCUAAGGGGAGCAAGGGAGACCCCGGUCCCAUGGGUGCUCCUGGAGAGAACGGCUUGGCAGGAGCCCCCGGACCAGCAGGACCACCAGGACCUCCAGGGCCCCCCGGGCCUCCAGGACCAGGACUUCCCCCAGGGUUUGAUGACAUGGAAGGCUCCGGGGGACCCUUCUGGUUGACAGCCCGAGGCGCUGAUGGGCUGCAGGGAGCGCCCGGCAAGCCUGGAGCCAAGGGGGAUCCUGGAAUAGCUGGCCCACCAGGGUCCAAGGGAGAAGUCGGUGCAGAUGGACCCCCUGGGUUUCCUGGCCUUCCCGGCAAAGAGGGCGUAGCUGGAGCCCAGGGACCAAAAGGAGAAAAAGGAACUCAGGGAGAGAAAGGUGACCCAGGGAAGGACGGAGUGGGGCAGCCAGGGCCCCCCGGGCCCCCCGGACUCCCGGGGCCCGUCGUCUACGUGUCGGAGGAGCAGGACAGAGCAGUGUCCGUGACCCAUGGAGUCAAGGGCCAGCCGGGGUACGCAGGCCUCCCCGGACCAGCUGGGCCGAAGGGAGACAUGGGCUUCAGAGGCCAGCAGGGCCCCCCGGGACCCAAGGGUGAGAAGGGUGAGCCCGGCAUGGUCUUCAGUCCCGACGGCAGAGUGCUGCCCCCUGCCCAGAAAGGAGCCAAGGGGGAGCCCGGCUUCCGAGGACCUCCGGGUCCGUAUGGACGGCCUGGGCACAAAGGAGAGAUUGGCUUCCCUGGGCGACCGGGUCGUCCUGGGAUGAAUGGAUUCAAAGGAGAGAAAGGGGAGCCAGGAGACACCAGCGUCGGGUUUGGUGCACAGGGCCCACCUGGCCUCCCUGGGCCUCCAGGACCUCCCGGGCCGCCAGGCCUUCCCGGCACCCCUGUCUAUGACAGCAACGCAUUUGUGGAGUCCGGCCCCGCGGGACCUCCCGGUUUGCCAGGGCACCAGGGGCCUUCUGGACCAAAGGGGGACAAAGGAGAAGUGGGCCCGCCCGGACCACCAGGGCAGUUCCCGUUCGACUUCCUCCAGCUAGAAGCUGAACUGAAGGGGGAGAAGGGUGACCGAGGGGACACCGGGCAGAAAGGAGAAAGGGGGGAGCCCGGGGGUGGCGGAUUCUUCGGCUCUGGUGUGCCUGGACCCCCCGGCCCGCCAGGCUACCCCGGCAUUCCGGGUCCUAAAGGAGAGAGCAUCAGGGGCCAGCCCGGCCCCCCUGGACCUCAGGGGCCCCCUGGCAUUGGCUAUGAAGGGCGCCAGGGGCCUCCGGGACCGCCUGGCCCCCCAGGGCCCCCAGGGCCGCCUUCCUUUCCUGGCCCCUACAGGCAGACUAUCAGCGUUCCUGGCCCUCCAGGCCCCCCUGGGCCCCCAGGCCCCCCUGGAACCCUGGGCACCUCCUCAGGGGUGAGGAUCUGGCCCACGUACCAGACCAUGCUGGACAAGGUGCCCGAGGUGCCCGAGGGCUGGCUCAUCUUCGUGGCUGACAGGGAGGAGCUGUACGUCCGCGUCCGAAAUGGGUUCCGGAAGGUCCUGCUGGAGGCCCGGACGCCACUCCCGCGUGGGACGGACAACGAAGUGGCCGCCUUGCAGCCCCCCCUGGUGCAGCUGCACGAGGGAAACCCGCACCCCCGGUGGGAACUGCCCCCCUCCACCGCACGACCCUGGCGGGCAGAUGACAUCCUGGUCAGGCCCCCACGCCUGCUGGACCCCCAGCCCUACCCUGGAGUGCCGCAUCACGGCUCCUACGUGCACUCCCGGCCAGCCCACCCCACUGGCGCUCCCGCCCACACCCACCAGGACUUCCAGCCGGUGCUGCACCUGGUCGCACUCAACGGGCCACAGCCUGGCGGCCUGCGUGGCAUCCGUGGCGCCGACCUCCAGUGCUUUCAGCAGGCGCGUGCGGCGGGGCUGGCGGGCACCUUCCGUGCCUUCCUGUCGUCGCGCCUACAGGACCUCUACAGCAUUGUGCGUCGUGCCGACCGUGCCACCGUGCCCAUCGUCAACCUCAGGGACGAGGAGCUGUUUCCCAACUGGGAGGCCUUGUUCUCGGGCUCCCAGGGCCAGCUGAAGCCGGGGGCCCGCAUCUUCUCCUUUGACGGCAGAGACGUGCUGCAGCACCCCGCCUGGCCACAGAAGAGUGUGUGGCACGGCUCAGACCCCAGCGGGCGCCGGCUGACCGAGAGCUACUGUGAGACGUGGCGGACUGAGGCCGCAACAGCCACGGGCCAGGCCUCCUCGUUGCUGACGGGCAGGCUGUUGGAACAGAAAGCCGUGAGCUGCCACAACGCCUUCAUCGUCCUCUGCAUUGAGAACAGCUUCAUGACCUCCUCCAAGUAGGGCUUCUGCCAGCUCACGUGGUGUAUGGACCGACGGCCAGAGAGGAGGCCAAGCGGCAGGGCGAGCGGAGAGGCCCCAGUGCCGGGCAGGGAGCGGCAGCCAGCACUCCAGACAGGGGACCUGGCUGGGACACAUUCCUGUGUGGUUCACAUUUCAUGUAAUCCUCCAGAAAUAAAAGAAAGCCAAAGAGUGUAUUUUUUAAAAAGUUU